UAUCACUGUUGCGGACACCAGCAGCGAUGAAGAUGGUCACCCUAGUAAUUCUACUCUACCGUGAUAUUUGCUGCAGGGCGGUGAACAAUAGCAGUGGUCUCUGUAGCUAUGAUAGAUUGACAGUGUGUAAUAGGACGUGGAACGAAACACUACGAUUGAAUUAUAUAAAAGUUAUUAAAAAUCUAUUCUAAAAUCAAAGUUGGACAGAGGACAAACAUACUAAAAAUUGGACUAGAAAUGUAAGUUUUUUUUUGUUGAAUUUCUUAACUAAAUCUAAAUUUGUACUUAAAAUUAAAAUGAACUAAUUACAGCUCAAAGCAAGCUCCAAGCAUAACAGUGAGUUUCGCUGUGGGAAUCCGAACGUCUACCUCUCCAACAAACUUUGAGAUUUCUAAUUAGAAAUCGGAUCUCGCAGGAUUAAGAGCCACCUGCUAAAGAAUGUCGCGACCGAGACGAAAUACCGAUAAAUCGUUGGAGAAUUGUUGCCCAUGUGGUCUUCCAGAUUCGGGCAAGAUGGUGGAAUGCGAGCGAUGUCUAAUUUAUCACCACUACACAUGUGCCGAUGUAGGUGAUAGCAUUGCUAACGACGAUCGGCAAUUUGUUUGCAAAACGUGCACACAGCUCGCAAUUGUCUCGCAUGGUAGCAGAUCAGGUAGAUCAUCAACCUCAAGUACGCGCGCGGCACGAGCCGCACUCGAGCUGCAACGAUUGGAGGAAGAAAAACAAUUACAUGCGAAGCAACUUGCCGAUGAAGCGCAGAGGGAGAAAUCACAACGGGAGAAAGCUUUCCAGUUGGAACAACAGUUCUUAGCCAAGAAGUAUGACUUGCUGCUUUCGCAGUUAGAUGAGCCAGAAGAUGCUGGGAGUGUAAGAAGUCGUCGUUCAAGCCGUGGCGCACGGAGAAUAGCAGAUUGGGUGGAUAGCCAAUCAGUUCCGACCAGUGCUAGUACAGGUAUCAAGCCAACCACUACUGGACAACAGUCUCGAACUGGUUCAACGGUAGCAGCACCAGUUUCGACCGUUCAAGCCAAGGUUUCCGACGCUAUGACUUUACUCCCACCGUCAGCCGAUCGCCUCACCGAAGAAUUCGCCCAACUUCAGGAGAGGAUGGAACGCCUGCAGCAGAAGUUGCGAUCAGCUUCGAAUCAUGCCGAUCCGCCUGCAACCAGCAUUCCCAAAUCGCAACCACUAAUGUCGCAAGGCCUGCCAACUUCCAGAUCCCAACAUCUGCUAGUUCCACCGCUGCAGUACCAGCCAAUUCGUAGCCAACCGGCAAUUACUUGGAACCCUCGGUUGUUCGCUAGCACGCGGACGUCCACCCUGCCGUCCAGGACAGAAACCCCGUUCGUCAGUAGCUCAAUACCACAAGCUGCUUCGGUAAGUCAGGCAUGUUUCGAUAUCAUAACAACAAAUCAAAUAAAUGAAUCGAGUUUAUCAGUACUUGAUACGCCGCCAAAUGCACAUAUUCACUCAAUACCGCAACCCAUACCUUUGACCGAACCAUGUACACCCCCCCCACGUCCACCGGCCGUGUCCCAUGAUUUCCAACCAUCGAUUGGAAGCACCCCCUUGGCAUAUCAGAGUCUAAGUCGCCCCUCCGUGCAAACUGUCUCGAGUUUCCUUUCGCCAGUCGUUACUCCCUCCAUUCAGUCAACGCCGCAACAUCCCCAGCAGCCAUUCAAUGGUCCCAACCCUCAACAGCUUGCAGCCAGACACGUCGUUCCCAAGGACCUGCCUCUCUUUUCGGGCGACCCUGUUGAGUGGCCAUUGUUUUUUAGCAGUUAUCGCAAUUCAACGGAAAUGUGUGGCUUUUCGGACGGGGAAAAUCUUCUGAGACUACAACGCUGUCUGAAAGGAAAUGCCAUGGAAGCUGUAAGGAGUUUUUUGCUGAACCCAUCAUCGGUACCAAUCGUUAUUGACACGCUGCAAACCCUGUACGGGAGACCGGAACUCAUCAUCAAUUCCCUUUUGCUUAAAGUUCGCGGUAUGCCAGCCCCAAGGACCGACAAAUUGGAUACGUUGAUCAAAUUCGGAUUGGCGUGCAAAAAUUUGUGUGCGCAUCUACAAGCAGCUGGACAACUGGCCCAUCUCGCGAAUCCAUCCCUUCUACAGGAACUAAUUGAGAAGCUUCCUCCUAGUUUGAGAUUGGAUUGGGCAAUGUACAAACGUGGAUUCCCCGUUGCGGACCUAACAACAUUUGGUAGUUUCAUGUCGAAUCUCGUAUCAGCCGCAAGUGAUGUAACGUUUUCACACGUAGCAGACAACACGACCAAGGAAGAAAAAAGACAGCCGAGGGAGAAGCUGUUUGUGAAUACGCAUUCAACGGACAACAUGGAACGUAGAGAGGAACCGUUCGGCGGAAUAAAUGCAAGUGAACGAAAGGACGCACCCGUGAAGUCAUGUCCUAUCUGCCAGGAACCAGGACACAAAGCUAGGGAUUGUUCUACGUUUCGUGAGAUGAGUUUGAAUGACCGUUGGAAAAGUGUCCAAGAACGCUAUCUUUGUCGCCGUUGCUUGAUAGGCCACGGUAAAUUCCCCUGUAAGGCUUCUGUUUGCGGCUAUGACGGUUGUGAGGAGCGACAUCAUAAACUCCUACAUCCUGGAAAACCCGGAGCUUCUUCGGUAGAAGGUAACGUUGUCAAAACAACGGUUGCCGCUCAUCAUCAGUCAGGUCACACUGUGUUGUUUCGAGUAGUUCCAGUAACACUUUAUGGAAAAGGAACCUCAUUGAACACCUACGCAUUCCUUGAUGACGGAUCGUCUUCAACGUUGAUUGACAUAGAAAUAGCCGAAGAGUUGGGAUUGAGCGGAGACAUACAUCCGCUGUGCUUACAAUGGACCAAUGAUAUCGAGAGGACAGAGCAAAACUCGCGUGUCGUUCGGUUGGACAUCUCAGGUACAAAUGCGUCGAAACUGUUCACUAUGAGGGAAGUACAUACAGUGAAAAACCUCAGUCUUCCAGUUCAAACACUGUCAGCGAAAGAACUUUGUGAAAAAUACGUUCAUCUACGUGGUCUGCCCAUCCAAAGUUACAUUGAUGCGCGCCCUAGGAUCCUUAUUGGCUUGGAUAACAGUCAUUUGAAAGCCGUCCUAAAACUGCGAGAAGGGGGGAAAGAUGCACCAAUUGCUGCUAAGACCAGGCUCGGAUGGACUAUCUAUGGGAAAAUCCCGGGACCAAUGGAUCAAGUACAUCGACAGCUGCACAUUUGCGCUCAAACUCCUGAACAACAAUUACACGAUUUAGUGAAUCAGUUCUUCUCCUUGGAAAACGUUGGAGUUACUUUAUCGCCGCUAUUGGAGAGUGAUGAGGAGAAACGAGCGCGCAAAAUUCUAGAAGAGACGACAACUCGCACCUCUUCGGGUCGUUAUCAAUCAGGACUUUUAUGGAAAUACGAUUUCGUAGAGUUCAACAACAGUCGUCCAAUGGCAGAAAGAAGAUUGCAGUGUCUUGAGCGUCGUUUACAGACAAACCCCGAACUGUACGCGAGCGUGAAACAAUUGCUUGCUGAUUAUCAAACUAAGGGGUACGCCCAUAAAGCUACCGCUAACGAACUUCAGAAUGCCGAUCCAAAACGCACCUGGUAUCUUCCACUCGGUGUCGUCGCCAAUCCUCGGAAACCUGGGAAACUACGCUUGAUCUGGGACGCAGCCGCUAAAGCCGGAGGUCAAUCAUUCAACUCGAUGUUGUUGUCUGGUCCAGAUCUUCUUACACCUCUUUCUUCAGUGCUGUGUCGUUUCAGACAAAGAAAAGUUGCAGUAAGCGCAGACAUUCGAGAAAUGUUUCAUCAGGUCGAAAUACGACCUGAGGAUCGUCAGGCGCAACGAUUUCUCUGGAGGGACGAUGCUAGCAAACCACCAGAAGUAUUCAUCAUGGACGUAGCUAUUUUUGGAUCGACCUGUUCGCCUUGUACCGCGCAAUACGUAAAAAACAGGAACGCAGUGGAACAUGCUGAUCAACAUCCACAGGCUUCAGCUGCAAUAAUUGAGAAUACCUACGUAGACGACGUACUAUUCAGCUUGGAUACUGAAGAAGAGGCAAUACAGCUUGCUGAAGAGGUCAAAUUCGUUAAUUCGAAAGCAGGUUUCGAUACUCGCAAUUGGUUGUCGAACUCUGCAGAGGUUCUGGAACAAGUCGGCGAUGCAGGUGAGGAACAGACGAAAAGUUUCAAAGCUGACAAACUGGAGAACUACGAGAGGAUACUUGGAAUGACAUGGUUGCCAGAAGAGGAUACAUUCGUUUUCGAAGGACUUUUCAAGCCGGAAAUUCUACUAUCGCUGAAUAACUGCUCCACUCCAACAAAAAGGGAACUACUUCGUAUUGUUAUGAGCAUUUUUGACCCACUUGGACUUAUAGCGAUAAUUGUCAUCCACGGGAAAAUUUUGAUACAAAACGUAUGGCGAUCUGGAACGGCGUGGGAUCAACCAAUCUCCGAUGAUCUUCGUGACCAAUGGAUGCGAUGGACUGGUCUCCUGAAAGAACUAGAACGCAUUAAAAUUCCAAGAUGUUACUUUCCCGGAUACGACCCCAGCAGUUUCGAGAACAUAGAACUUCACGUUUUUGUGGACGCCAGCGAAGAAGCGUACGCAUGUACUGCAUACUUUAGGAUUUUCGACCAGGGAAGAGUUAGAUGUUCUCUCGUAUCGGCAAAAACUAAAGUUGCUCCGUUGAAACCUUUGUCCAUCCCGAAGUUGGAGCUGCAGGCAGCAGUCAUCGGCGCAAGGCUAGCAAGAACAGUCAUGGAGAACCAUUCACUGAAAAUUGCUAAACGUGUACUGUGGACGGACUCUAGCACUGUACUCUCCUGGCUGCGGUCAGAUGUCCGAAAGUAUCGACAGUUUGUGGCUCAUCGGGUCUCAGAAAUUCUAGACCUUACGACAGUAGACGAAUGGCGUUGGAUUCCCACUCGUCUGAACGUGGCUGACGAUGCAACAAAAUGGGGAAAGGGACCCCAAAUUGACGAAAGCAGUCGUUGGUUCCGGGCUCCAGAUUUUUUUGUACUAUCCUCCGGACACCUGGCCUCUACAAGAUACACCUGUUCCCAGCACAGUCGAAGAAAUUCGUCCAGUUCAUGCGCACCGAGAAGUAUCGAAGUUUCGACUGAUAGACUUUGGGAGGUUUUCCAAAUGGGAGAGGAUGCUGCGUUCCAUCGCCUACGUCCAUAAAUUCAUCAGCGUGUUGCGUCAACGAAUCGAGGGUGAAUCAACUACGAAACGACUCAACUUGUUGAGCCAGGACGAUUUGGUGAAGGCAGAAAUGACAAUUUGGAAGCAGAUUCAACUCGAUCAGUAUGCCGUGGAAAUAGUCAAGAUGCGAAGAAAUCAGCAACUCCCACCAAACCAACGAGAACAUCUAGAUCGAAACAGCAAACUUCGUCAAAUUUCUCCGUACUUGGAUGAACACGGUGUGGUUCGUAUGGAAUCCAGAAUAGCAAAUGCGGUUCACUUCACCAGGGAUUUCAAAUAUCCAGUCAUCCUUCCAAAGGACCAUCCCGGAACGAUGCUAGUGAUCGACUGGUAUCAUCGGCAGUAUCAGCAUCACAGUAACGAAACGGUUGUGAACGAAAUGAAGCAGAGAUAUCACGUAUCGAGACUGAGAGAAGUGUUGAAGAAGGUCAAGAAGAAUUGUAUGUGGUGUAAAGUUCACUCGGCAACACCGAAGGUUCCGAGAAUGGCCCCGUUACCUGUAGCAAGGAUCACACCACAUGUAAGAGCGUUCACCUACACGGGGGUCGACUAUUUUGGACCGCUGCUCAUCAAACAAGGCCGCUCGGAUGUGAAACGUUGGGUAGCUCUCUUUACCUGCCUGACGAUACGAGCUGUCCAUUUGGAGCCGGUAACAAGCAUGUCAACGGAAUCCUGUAAAAUGGCAAUACGGAGAUUUGUAUCACGUAGGGGUGCUCCAAAGGAAAUCUACAGUGAUCAGGGGACGAAUUUCUUGGGAGCCAGCCGAGAAUUAGCCCAGCAGUGCAGCGAGAUCAACCGUAGUUUGGCCAAUACAUUCACCAACACCGUAACACAGUGGCGUUUCAACCCUCCAUCAGCGCCGCAUAUGGGGGGGGUCUGGGAACGCAUGGUUCGGUCCGUGAAAUGUGCACUAGCCUCGCUUUCAGCGGUACGCAAACCCAACGACGAAACGUUUCUUACCCUGUUAGCGGAGGCAGAAUCGAUGGUCAAUUCCAGGCCACUAACUUACAUGCCCAUUGACUCCGAAAAUCAGGCCGCUUUAACACCAAACUGUUUCCUAAUGUUGAGUACAAGUGGCGUCAAUCAACCGGCAACGUACAUGGUAGAAGAGGGCUCAGCGAGUGCCUCAAACUGGAACAUGCUACAAUACAUGCUGGAUCAAUUCUGGCACCGAUGGGUUAAAGAAUAUUUACCCACCAUAACCAAACGAACUAAGUGGUUCGCUGACUGCAAGCCCGUAGAGACUGGCGACUUGGUUGUCGUUGUUGAAGAACCGCAGAGGAAUGGUUGGAUACGAGGAAGAGUGCUUAGAGUUAUCCCUGGACGCGAUGGACGCGUUAGAAGUGCGGUGGUCAAAACGGCGAGUACCAUUCUUCGGCGACCGGUGACGAAGCUAGCUGUCCUGGAAGUCGGCGGUACAGCUCAAGGGAAUCUCGAGCAAUACGGGGCGGGGAAUGUUGCGGACACCAGCAGCGAUGAAGAUGGUCACCCUAGUAAUUCUACUCUACCGUGAUAUUUGCUGCAGGGCGGUGAACAAUAGCAGUGGUCUCUGUAGCUAUGAUAGAUUGACAGUGUGUAAUAGGACGUGGAACGAAACACUACGAUUGAAUUAUAUAAAAGUUAUUAAAAAUCUAUUCUAAAAUCAAAGUUGGACAGAGGACAAACAUACUAAAAAUUGGACUAGAAAUGUAAGUUUUUUUUUGUUGAAUUUCUUAACUAAAUCUAAAUUUGUACUUAAAAUUAAAAUGAACUAAUUACAGCUCAAAGCAAGCUCCAAGCAUAA